CAUAUAAUGGAUAUGUACUUUUUAUCUCUAUAUUUUAAACGUAUCGUUUCUGUUAAAGACCGUAUAUUUUUGAAGCUACCAAAACUACGAUUUUUUAUAUACAAUACCUUCUACUACCGUGAAUUUUAUUUACACUGCUUGUGGAAUGUAGAGAAAGAUAAUUAAAAAACUUGGUACUCUUUAAAUCCACAAAAAAGCAUACGCAUAGACGUACACAGCAUUGAAUGAAGGGUUCAAAUGGAAUGGCGUAGAAAGCUAACCUGUGUUUGAAAUUACUUAGUUUUGAAUACGAAAAUGAAAUAAACACUUUGGACAGCCCUGGACUAAAUGAUUUAUAUAAAAUUAUAUACCAGUUUAAAAUUGUUCUACAUUGUAAGAAAGUAGCAGAGUCGUGCAAAUGUCACUGUACCUGCGCCACUGUACGAAAUGUGGAAUAAUUUGUAGUGCGCAGAGUAGCUACGUUCCACAAAAUAUAAAUAAAGAUUCAGUCUCAUUCUGUAGUUCUCAAUGUGUGGACACAGUGUAAAUGAGUGUUAUAGUACUGACGAACAUAUUUGUUAAUAGAAGCAUAUUAAAGUAAAGGAUUUAAAUUGUUUAAUAAGUGUUAUGAUCUUGUGUAAUUUGUGAUAUACUUUUAUAAUGAUAAAACAAGUAAAGUCAUAUGUCCCCGUCAUUUAAGAACGAAGAUUCAGAUAAUAAUACAGCGUGUGGUUAUUGAUAAGAUGCAAUAAGAGUGAGAACUGAGAGACACAGUGUGAAAAGAUAAAACAGGAACUCGUACAUAUUAAAAAAAGCAAUAAUUGCCUCCAUCAGUUUGUUUACGAAUAGAAUCAAGAGAGAGCCAUAGGUUUGGUGAGAUUUGUAGAAAUGAAGGUGUAUCUUAAAAUCAAACGAAUUCUGCUAUGCGUAGGGCUCAUGCUUUGUGUCUUUGAUAUUAAGUCAAUCAAUAUGGAAGUGUACACAGCUCUGGCAGAUAUGGAGGAGUUACUUGAGACUGAAACUGUAUUAAUAAGUAAUUUGGAAGGAUUUAUUAAAGUCCAGCAGCAAAAAUUGGAUUACCUGCAAAACAAAUUAAAAGAAUACCAAAGAGAACACUCUGAUGCGACUGUGGAUAGGAGCAGUUAUAUAUCCAAUCCUAUUAACGCUUAUUUGCUAACAAAACGAUUAACAACAGACUGGAGACAAGUUGAAAAUUUAAUGACUCAUGAUGUAGGUAUUGAUUUCCUCAACAAUAUCACAAAUUAUAGAAGUAUACUCAAAUUUCCUUCCGAUGAGGAUUUAAAUGGUGCCGCAGUUGCUUUGAUGCGAUUACAAGACACAUACCAACUGGAUACGUCCAGUGUUGCACGAGGUGAACUUAACGGAAUACAAUACAGUACUGAAAUGUCAUCAGACGAUUGCUUCGAGCUUGGGCGGCAAUCAUAUGUCAACCAAGAUUAUUAUCAUACUGUGCUUUGGAUGAAUGAGGCAAUGACACGAUUAUUGGAUGAACCACGUAAUCAAACGCAGGCUUUUACACGGGCUGAUAUACUUGAAUAUUUAGCCUUUUCGACAUAUAAACAGGGAAAUGUGGAGAGUGCACUUACAAUGACCAAUGAACUUCUGCAUCUGAUUCCGAAUCAUGAUCGAGCUACGGGAAAUAAAGUGUUUUAUGAAAAAGAAAUAGCUAAAUUUAAAGCUGAGAAGCGCGUGAAGGGAGACGAUGGAUCGGAUGAUACGCCUUUAUCUGACUUGCCGAUACAAAAGACGGAUCCUACAGUUUUUGAUUAUUCUGAGCGCAAAGCUUAUGAAAUGCUUUGUCGUGGAGAACUAAAACAAUCUCCUUCUGAUCUACGUCCUUUGCGUUGUCGAUAUGUGACAAAUAAUGUUCCAUUUCUUAAAAUUGGUCCACUGAAAUUAGAGGAAGCCUUUCUAGCACCAUAUAUUGUUAUUUAUCAUGACGCUAUAUUCGAUAAUGAAAUUGAAUUAGUGAAGAAAAUGGCUCGACCUCGCUUUAGACGUGCCACUGUGCAAAAUUCGAUCACUGGUGAAUUAGAAACUGCUAACUACCGUAUAAGUAAAUCAUCGUGGUUGAAAACUGAUGAAGAUCCAGUUAUUGCUAAAAUAGUUCAACGUACUGCGGACAUGACUGGAUUAGAUAUGGAGACAGCUGAAGAACUACAAGUAGUUAACUAUGGUAUUGGAGGUCAUUAUGAGCCACAUUUUGACUUUGCAAGGCGCGAGGAAGUACGUGCUUUUGAGGGUUUGAAUGCCGGUAAUCGUAUAGCUACAGUUCUAUUUUAUAUGAGUGAUGUUGAACAAGGUGGUGCAACUGUAUUUACUACAAUUCGCAUUGCAUUAUGGCCGAAAAAAGGCUCCGCUGCAUUUUGGUAUAAUUUACACAAGUCAGGUGAAGGUGAUUUUAGAACUCGGCAUGCCGCAUGUCCUGUCUUGACUGGUUCAAAAUGGGUUUCCAACAAAUGGAUUCACGAGAAAAAUCAAGAGUUUAGACGCUCCUGUGCACUCGAACCAGAUCAUGGUGAAUUUGCAAUUUAAA